AUGUCUUCUGGACGGUUUAUCUCUUUCUGUGAUGCGGAUGAUGUUUCGGAGCCAAGCAGAUUACAGGAACAGUACAACUUGGCGAUUUCUCAGAGGAGCGAUUUGGUUUUUAUUGGUAGUAACUUCACCAGAAUACCGGAAGGAUCCACUGAACGCUAUACUAAAUGGACCCAUGAUUUGACAAACGAAGAAUUGAAAUUGCAGGUGUAUACGUCGCAUGGGCCCACUCUUAUAGCUCCUACAUGGUUCAUCUCAAGAAAACUCUUUUCUGCGGUAGGCGGUUUCAAAGACGACGUGCGCUUUGGGUUUCCCGAAGAUCUCGAUUUUUUCUACCGUGCAUUAGACAUCGAUGAUGUUGCAUUCUCUAAAGUAUGUAAACCCCUAGUGAACUAUCGUUCACUCCGGAUGUGCUUCUUUUGUCAUGUGCUUCCUUUCUGGAAAACAUUCACAAUUUGGAAUGCUGGCAAACAAGGAAAGCGAUUUUUCAAGUCCCUUUCCGAAAGUGAUAAACAACGCGUUGUAUCGUUUUGCGAUGUCGACGUGAAGAAGAUCAAACGAGCAUGGCUGGAGGAUUAUGACAAAAAAGCAUGA